CUUUGCCCCCCCCCUCCCCGGCCGGCCGACAUGUCUCGGACUCCUCGAUCUGUGGGAUCGGCGUCGGCGUUCGCGCCCGCUCGCCGCGGAGAAGAUGGCGUGAGCUCGGAGUAGACGGCGGAGGAGAAAGUGCGCCUUCUUCGGAGCCGAAUGGGUCGUGUGCCACCAACCGUAGCUCGGAGCGCGUCGAGGCCGACGGCAAGCCCCCUAGCAGGAGUCCGCUAGCUAGCUAGCUUAGCUAGCGCUAGCCUUAGCCUCGCAGCUGUUAGCCCGCAAAUCGCCCCGGCUGUUAAGCUCGAUUCGCUUGGCCCAGCUGGUGGUCGCCGGCGUAUUUUGCCCGCGUUGUCCACGGCGUCUCGCCGAAGCGGGUGUCCCUUUUGCGAGCUCGCUCGCUGGCUGGCAACUUCUAUUGCCCGACGCCGACCGGCCGAGGGACGAAUCGCACUUAGCGACGUUGUUGUUAGCUAAACAGCUAGCCCUCCCCCUCUCCCCCCUCCCCCCUAGUUAGCGCCGCGGUGUGUUUACAGCGGUGGCGGCGGGGCAGGCUAGCCUCUCUUAAGCUAGCCAGGCUAGCGUGUUAACGGGAUACAUGUGCUCCCCCCCACCCCUCACCCCCACCAGCGUAGCUACUUGCUCUUUAGUCCACCUUUAUUAGACCCCGGGCUCAGUGUGCCGUUCGGCGACCGCGGCUCCUGUUUUGCGAGCUAGCUAGUUCACUUCCCCCCCCCCCAACCGUGCCCGGACUGACCCACCCACAAGGACUACCCGGGGGCCGAUGCUGACAGUCCAGCCCGGAUCACGGCAACGCGAGGAGCCGCCACCGCCAUGCAGCCUCAGCAGAUCUAUGACUUCUCGAGUGACGAGAACAGUCACAAAUGGAGAGGCCUCUUCGUGCAAGCUUUACGAAAGGUGCAGAUACAGGUCCACCCGAACCUGUCGGCAAAAGAGGACGCUCUGCAGCACAUCGAGGAGCUGAUCCUCCAGCUCCUCCACAUGCUGUGUGUGGCCCAGCCGCGCUCCGUGCAGGACGUGGAGGAACGUGUCCAGAAAACCUUUCCCCACCCCAUUGAUAAGUGGGCCAUAGCCGAUGCUCAGUCUGCAAUAGAGAAACGCAAGAGGAGGAACCCCUUACUUCUCCCUGUGGACAAGAUCCAUCCUUUGCUCAAGGAGGUCCUUGGCUACAAGGUGGACUACCAUGUCUCCCUGUAUAUUGUUGCUGUGCUGGAGUACAUAUCAGCAGACAUACUGAAGCUGGCUGGCAACUACGUUGGCAACAUCCGGCACUAUGAAAUCAGCCAGCAGGACAUUAAAGUGUCCAUGUGUGCAGACAAGGUUCUGAUGGACAUGUUUGACCAGGAGGAGGACUUCGGCCUGGUGUCCCAGUGCACGGAGGAACCCUUGUCCUCCGGGGAGCUGACCUACGAUGACCUGGUGAGGCUGGAGAUCGCCGAAGAGCGCCAGUACCUCCGGGAGCUUGACCUCAUCAUCAAAGUGUUCCGUCAUCACUUCCUGUCCAACAACAAGAUCUUCAUGCCGCAGGAUGUGGAAGUGAUCUUCAGCAACAUCCUGGACAUCCAUGAGCUGACAGUCAAGCUGCUGGGUCUGAUCGAGGACGCCGUGGAGAUGACUGCCGACGGCAGCCCCCAUCCGCUGGUGGGCAGCUGCUUUGAGGACCUGGCGGAGGAGCAAGCGUUUGACCCCUACGAGACCCUGUCCCAAGAUAUCCUCAACAGGGAGUUCCACAAGCACUUCAGCAGCCUGAUGGCCCGGCCCACCGUCGGCCUCUUCUUCCAGUCCGUUGCAGAAGGCUUCAAAGAAGCGGUCCAGUAUGUCCUCCCCCAGCUCAUGAUGGUCCCGGUCUACCACUGUAUGCAUUACUUUGAGCUUCUGCAGCAACUCCAGGAGCGCAGUGAGGACCAGGAUGACAGAGAAUGCCUGAAACAGGCCAUCACAGCCCUGCUCAACCUUCAGAGCAGCGUGGAGCGGAUCUACACCAAACACCAGCCCCGCCGCAAGCCUGGUGAGCCCAUGUGCCGGCUGUACAGCCGUCAGGUCCGCAGCAAGCAGCUCGCCAUCAAGCGCAUGAACGAGAUCCAGAAGAGCAUCGAUGGAUGGGAGGGGAAAGACAUCGGCCAGUGCUGUAGCGAAUUCAUCCUGGAGGGCCCGCUGGUGCGAGCCGGCGCCAAGCAUGAGCGCCACAACUUCCUGUUCGACGGCCUGAUGAUCAGCUGCAAGGCCAACCAGAGCUCCCGGCUCCCGGGGGCUGGGAGUGGUGCCGAAUACCGCCUUAAGGAGAAGUUCGUCCUGAGAAAGAUACGCAUCGUGGACCGCGAGGACUCACCGGAACAACGGCACGCCUUCGAGCUGGUGGGGAAGGACGAGAACUGUGCGGUAUUUUGUGCACGCUCUGCCGAUGACAAGGCGGCCUGGAUGGCGGCGCUGGUGACCCUGCAGUACCGGUCCACUCUUGACCGGAUGCUGGACACGGUCCUGCAACACGAGGAACAGGCUCAGCCCCUCAGGCUUCCCUCCCCGGACGUUUACCGCUUUGCCGUGCAGGACUCUGAGGAGAACAUCGUGUUCGAGGACAGAGUGCAGAGCAAAACGGGGAUCCCCAUCAUUAAAGCCGGCACGGUGGUAAAGCUCAUCGAGAGACUCACCUACCACAUGUAUGCUGAUCCCAACUUUGUGCGAACAUUUCUCACCACGUACCGUUCUUUCUGCAAACCACAAGAGCUUCUCAGCCUGCUGAUAGACAGGAUUGAGAUUCCGGAGUAUGAGCCCACCGAGGCCGACCGGCAGGCUCUUUGGAACGGCGACCAGCCAAUGGCAGCAGAGCUCCAGAGGUUCCGCAAAGAGUACGUGCAGCCAGUCCAACUCAGGGUUCUCAAUGUGUUUAGGCAGUGGGUUGAACAUCAUUUCUACGACUUCGAGAACGACCCAGAGUUGAGGAGUAAACUGGAGGAGUACAUCACCAGCAAAAUUCAGCUGCGAGGCAAGUCGAUGAGAAAGUGGGUGGAGUCCAUCAAUAAGAUCAUCAGGAGGAAGCUGCAGACGCAAUCCAACGGCGUCAGUCACAACAUCACCUUCGAGAGCCCGCCCCCUCCCAUUGAAUGGCACAUAAGCAGGGCGGGGCAAAUGGACACCUUCGACCUCAUGACCCUUCACCCCAUCGAAAUUGCCCGCCAGCUGACUCUGCUCGAGUCGGAGCUCUACAGAGCGGUCAGGCCCUCUGAGCUGGUGGGCAGUGUCUGGACCAAAGAGGAUAAAGAGAAGAACUCGCCCAACCUGCUCCGGAUGAUCCGCCACACGACUAACCUCACACUGUGGUUUGAGAAGUGUAUUGUGGAGGCGGAGAACCUGGAUGAGAGGGUGGCCGUGUUCACGCGGGUCAUUGAGAUCCUGCAAGUGUUCCAGGAGCUCAACAACUUCAACGGGGUGUUGGAGGUGGUGAGCGCCAUCAACUCGGUCCCUGUCUACAGGCUCGACCACACCUUCGAGGCGGUUCCAGAGAGGAAAAAGAAGAUCCUGGAGGAGGCUGUGGAGCUCAGCCAGGACCACUUCAAGAAAUACCUGGCAAAACUCAAGUCAAUAAACCCACCCUGUGUGCCUUUCUUUGGUAUCUACCUAACUAACAUCCUGAAGACGGAGGAGGGGAACCCGGACUUCCUCAAACGCCACGGCAAAGAGCUGAUCAACUUCAGCAAGCGGCGGAAAGUGGCGGAAAUCACCGGAGAGAUCCAGCAGUAUCAGAACCAGCCCUACUGUCUGAGGGUGGAAUACGACAUCAAACGAUUCUUUGAGAACCUGAACCCCAUGGGGAACAUGAUUGAGAAGGAGUUCUCCGACUACCUGUUCAACAAGUCUCAGGAGAUCGAGCCGCGCAACUGCAGGCAGCCCCCCCGAUUUCCCAGGAAGACCCUGUACAACCUCAAAUCCCCGGGGAUUCGGCCCGUGCGCACGUCUACCUCCGGGACCCUGAAGGGCCACCCGGUCCCGCUGGAGAGGGAGCCCCCCCACAAAAUCACCUUCCGGAGCAUCGCCGAGACUGAGCCGGAGAUCCAGGCGUCGGCCUCCGUGCCCACCUCGCCCAACACGCCCACCCCGCCGCAGUCGGCCUCCUCCGAUCUCAGCUCGGUGUUCGCCGACCACGACCUCAGCAGCUCCUAUGGCGGAAGUAACUCCAUAUUCGCCCCAGUUCUCCUUCCACCGUCAAAGUUCCAGUCCGUGUCCUGUGGGAGCCUCCACCAGCUCGGAGAGGAGCUGCUCAAACCGCCUCCGCUGCCGCCGCGCAGGAAGGAUGCCACGUCAGACGCCAAGCUGAGCUGCAGGUCUGACAGUCCCCCGGCCAUUCCCCCUCGACUUCCCCCUCCUCUGCCCAGGGUGCAGCCCCGGGCACCGGUCUGCGACGGCCCCCUCCCCAGCCCGCCGCCGCCGCCUCCCCGGGACCCCCUCCCCGACACGCCGCCCCCGGUUCCCCAGCGCCCGCCGGAGAUCUUCAUCAACUACCCCCUCAACCUGCAGCCGUCCCCCGUGGGGCGGUUCCACUGGGACUUCGGGAGCUCGCCCAGCUCUCCCAACACGCCUCCCAGCACCCCGUCGCCUCGCGUCCCCAGACGGAGCUGCCCGCUCAGUGCCAGCCAGAACACCCUGUGCCCCCUGCCCACUCCUGUGCCCAUAACGGCGCCCCCUGUACCGCCCCGCCACAACUCCAGCCCCCAACUGCCCAAACUCCCACCAAAGACUUACAAAAGGGAGAUGUUGCAGCCGCCAUUACACGGCCUCUCGUUGGUAGAGAACACGGACAGCAGCCAGUGAGUCGGCGUCUCUUCU